AUGACAAAAGCAGUGUGCAUGCAAAAAUAAACCUUACUUCAAAUACUAAGUACUCAAUUUUCAACGUGUUAAGAAUUUGCUCUGCUCUCCGAGCCGGUCUGUCUGAACGGAUCCUUGCUCCGAGAUGGUUGAUAAUUUCGCAUAUAUAUAGAAUGCAUGUUUGCUGCAAAUUCAGUUUUCUGUCUGUCCGUGAGCGACGCGGUGUAGUGAAAUCAGUUUUUUCGAAAAGUCGCCGCUGGUAGAAAAAAUGGCUGCAAUCGAUAAUACUAUGAAAUUAUUGAUCAAAUUUCCUGAUGGCGUUUACAACGGAAUCAAAAUAACGGUGAAGGGCAACAUACCCUCGAACGCCGUAAGAUUCGCAAUCAAUCUCCUAUGCGGUUCCAGCACGAUUGAACCAGAAGACAUCGCUUUCCAUCUAUGUCCAAGGUUCAAGGAAGGCAGGGUGGUUCGCAACAGCCGCUCGCAUAAAGAAUUUAAGGACGAAGAGUCCGCCGGCGGAAACCCACUGUCGCCAGGCAGUUCAGUCGAAAUUGAGAUCGAAUGUACCGAUUCAGCUUUUAAGGUGAAAUUGAACGGAAGUUCCUUCUGCGAGUUCAAGCAUCGCUUACCAUUCGAUCGUAUCACGCACCUCGACGUGGACGGUGAUCUGAAGCUAAGUCAUAUCAGCUUCUAGACCUUUGUCCAGAGGGCUGUACGGAUGACACGACGAGGAAAAGUAUAACUUAUAUGGAUAGAAAUAAAGUCGAAAUUUCAAUGUAGAAUAGAACGGAGAGAAAAGUUUUUUUUUUUUCAAAAUUGGCAAAAUUAAUGUUUAGGCGAACGAAAUAAAGUAUUUUGACU